UGACUGCACUCACGUGCGACUGUUAUUAGCUCAUAAGACCGCUGCUAUAUGCGCCUCUGGAGUGAUUCUCCUGGAAUGACGCAUUUUAUCAUUGGAGAUUACAAACCCGGGAUGGACAUGGACGAGGAGCAGAUGGAGAACGGAAUGGAUUCCGAUGAUGACUUUCAACUCGAGGAGAUACCCGAGUACCUGACAGACAGGAGAAGAGCCAAGUCCUUACCUGCGUAUCCAGAGCAGGUCAAUCUGUACCACCGGAUCUCCCAGAAACACGUGAAGUUCGCGGACGCGCUCGGCUUGAAUCUGGCGAGCGUCAAGCACUUCAGCAGCAGCGACGAUCCUCAGAUCCCAGCUAAAGUCUUCACCAGGCUGAAGAGCUACCCUCUCCACAGGGACCAGGAGAUCAUGGAUGACUUGUGCGUGAACAUGAAGUCUUCUCUGGCUCUGGAUUAUCUGGUCCCGGCGUUCAAGACGCCCGUGGACUCCGGUGACUUGGAGACGCGGCUGACGCGCUGCCGCGUCGCGCUGGAAAGCGUCACGGUCACGCAGUUAGAUGUCCGUGGGAUCAUACGCGCGUUGGGUGCGAGAGAGGUUGGGGUCAGGUAUACAUUCAACGACUGGCUGUCGUUCGUGGACGCGCAAGCCAUCCCCGAGCCCACAGCGCACAAGGCGCGCGGAGAGCGCUUCUCUGUCACCAUGUACACGCCUCCUUUCUUAGGUCCGAGCGCUGCUGUGCACUUCGCCGUGUACAUGAAGGAUGAUAACUCUGAGUUCUGGGACAACAAUGAUGGGAUGAACUAUUCCAUGAAGCAGCCUGCCACAGCUCGUCAGCCAGAAUGACGCGACACGAAGUGAUGCGCUUUUACGCAAGGAUUCAUUACGCUUUUCACCGAGCACUUUUACAUGCUCUUAGAGAGGUUAUACAGUGGAUUGACAUUAAAAUCUGCUUAAAAGAAAUAGUUUACUGAGAAUGAAAUUCCCUUCACCAUUAGUCUCCCUCGUGUUGUUCCAAACGUUUGAUGACGUUUCUUUCGUGGAAAGAUAUUUUGCAGAAUGUCCAAGCUGCUCAUAGAAAACACCAUAAAAGUGCCACAAAUGUGGUCCAUAUGUCCCGUGUGUUAUGUUCUAAAAUUCUAAUGUCACAUACUUUUGUUUAGGGAACAAACUUAAAUUAUUAUAAUUUUUUAAUGGCUAAAACUCUUUAAAAAAAGCAUGUCUUCUGCAAUCAUGCCACAUUUUAAUUUUAAAUAAAUAAAGUAAGAAAAGAAAAGAAAAGAAAA